CCGGAGGUGGGCGCGCUUGGCGGCGGGGGCGGACCCGGGGGUGCUGCCUCUCCAGCCUGGCGGCCCUGCGCGCAGGCCACUGGAAAGGAAGGGCCAACGCCAGGCUGUAGCCCGCGCUCCCCGGAGCUCCGCCGGCCGACCUUACGCUGCAGCCCCCGCUCCCUGGAGCUGCGCGAGCCGGUGGGACGCGAGCCCGAGCCGACUUGGGCGAAGGCGGGAGGCAACUCCCGGAGCCUGGCAGCCUGGGCCAGCGGUGACCCGGGCAGUGAGUGAACUUCUGGGCGGGGCCGACACUGCCCUGGGCGGAGGCCUGGAGGUGGAGGAGUGUGACAAAUGGUGGGAAAACAACACUGGCUAAGAAUUUGCAGAAACACCUACCGAAUUGCAGUGUCAUAUCUCAGGAUGAUUUCUUUAAGCCAGAGUCUGAGAUAGAGAGAGAUGAAAAUGGAUUUCUGCAGUAUGAUGAAACAAAAAUAAACUCCAGAUGGAUCAAGGACCUGGAUGUUAGACCAGAAACUAUCAAAUACUUAGAAGAAAAUAUUGGUGGAACACUUUCCCAUAUAAAUCUCAAGGGCAACUUUGAUGAUAGACACAAUUGCAAGGAAAACUAAAACAAAAAUAAACCAAUGGGACUACAUCAAACUGAAAAGCUUCUGCACAGCAAGAGAAUUUACAUUUCUGACAAGUCUCCAGUACUUGAAGCACUUAAUAUGGAAAAAAUGAUGUCAGCCAUUACCUGCUGGAUGGAGAGCCCAACACUCUCUCUGACACCCAUAGACUGGAAAAGCUCUGAGGAAAUUUGCAUCUUAAUCAUCGAAGGUUUCCUUCUCUUUAAUUAUAAACCCUUUAACACAAUCUGGAAUAGAAGCUACUUCCUGACCAUUCCAUAUGAGGAAUGUAAGAGGAGGAGGAGUACCAGGGUCUAUGAGCCACCAGACCCCCCAGGGUACUUCGAUGGACACGUGUGGCCCAUGUACCUACAACACCGGCAAGUGAUGGAGAGCAUCCCAUGGGACCUUGUUUACUUAGAUGGAACAAAAUCUGAGCAGGACCUACUUUUACAAGUUUAUGAAGAUCUAGUGCAAGAACUAGAAAAGCAAAAAGGUUUGCAAGUAGUAGCACCCAAGGUUUGCAAGUUACAACAAAAAGAUGGAAUGCACUGAGCCCUUCCUGGGGUGAAGAAACUCAAAGGAAUGUAACCUUAGCCAAGAUACAGUAUGCCCUCCCAUACACUGUCACCUGUUGCUUUGUCAUACAUAAUUUAAAAAUAUUUUAUUAAUUUAUUAAUGAGAGGGAUAGGAGGAGAAAGAGAGAGAAAGACCA